GUUUUUUGCCCUGCGAGUCGACAUAUCAUACCCAUCCUCCGCCGCUUCCUCGCGCCUGCCUGCCCAGCUCACCUUUGUACUCUCCCCGCCUUCGCCGACGACGACUUUGUUUGACGGACGAUGCUUGCGUUCGCUCCGCCCAUGCAACACUCAACCCUUGCAACCACCGUGACGGCGGUAGAUCUGCCGCACAGACCCCAAUCAUCCACACCGGGCACCUCUUCACGUCCUCCGACACGCCCGUCACAGCGAAAGCUGCACUCGUCCAUCAUCAUCCCCCAUCCGCCCCCGUCCUCGUCGUCGUAUAUCAACGUGACCGCAGGCUCUGCCAGCAGGUCGGCGCCCCUCGAAGCCCAGCCUGCCCACCGCCCGACGCCACAGCGCACUCCUCCAACCCACCCCAUCCCUGCCGUCGUGCGACAGCGCCAGGAGGAUGACGACCCGCAUACACCGCCCGCCUCCGACUCGGAGGAUAACGAACCUGUGCAGCCAGACGUCUCGGGCGCCGACGUUCAUACGUACGAGCCAGAGACGCUCUUGCGGAUGCUGGCGACUGCUCUGAAACGCAUAGCCGAUUUGAAUGCUAGUAUACCUGCAGAGACAUACAUGCCGCACCCUGGUCAUUCGCAUCAGGUAGAUCAUAGCAAUGGUCACCAUCCUCCUAUAUGGCGGACACUCACCAGCGCGUCUCGUCACUCAUUGUCAACCACUUCAUCCCUGGCCUUCCAUGCACGAAACGUACCCACCAUUGCCCUCGAGGGGUACCUGAACCGCAUACACAAGUAUUGUCCAGCUAGCAACGAGGUCUUCAUUUCGCUGCUGGUAUACCUAGAUCGCAUGUCAAAGCUAGCGAAGGAGGCAUGCGAGAAGACGUUCCCGAUCGACAUGUACAACAUCCACCGUCUUAUAAUCGCGGGCGUCACGGUGGCCAGCAAGUUUUUCAGUGAUGUGUUCUAUACGAACUCACGUUACGCUAAGGUUGGCGGUCUGCCGCUUGCUGAACUCAAUCAGCUGGAACUACAGUUUCUCCUUCUGAACGACUUCAGCCUCCCGAUAUCGUGCGAGGAGAUGGAGUACUACACGACCAUGGUCGACCUACAGUCGAAGAUACCUGAAGGUGUGGACCUUACCCCCUAUCUCCCCUCCCCGUCCUCCGAUACGCGGCAACCCGUAAGCCCCACGGAGUUCUUCGCCGCCGUCGAUGCAUACCUCGGCCAACAUCACUACAUUCGUCCCUCCAUCCCACCACGACAGUUCGACGACGACGAACUCAGCCUAUACAACCUGUCAUCUCGCCGGUCGACACUCUCGAUGUCGGAUGCGGCGAGCGAAGCGGGCACGGAGACGGACUUCGACGGUUCCACCGACGACGAGCCGACGAUCCGCCCACCACAUUCCUCGUCCUCUUCGGAGACGAUGAGUCUUCACAGCGCCAACGGCGAUGGGGACUCUAUCUUCACGCAGGACAGUGAUAUGAGCCGGGAGGAGAACGGCGACGUUAGCAUGCAGCGGCCGCCAGACGGGACGCCGGGCAGGGAUUACAUGAUGGUGAGGACUCCGAGUUAAUCGACGGGACAUUCUGGGUAGACGGUAGAAGGCAGCAUAGACUCCGGGCAUUCUGUUCCAGGACUUGUAUUACUACUGCAUCGUUUGCUUGCACUGAUGCCGGAUAUCAUAGUAUCAUAAUUAUAUGCAACCGUACAGUACAGUGUGCCAUGUUUACUUCCCCUAGCAAAGUGUACGUCAAUGCAAUUUGUCGAAUUUGUCAAA